AUGUCAACGUCUAUCCCCAAAUCCCUCAAUGCAAUCACCGACACAUGGUCGCCGCAUCUACUCGCAAGCGUCAACGGCCAGCACGUCAAGAUUGCCAAGAUUGACGGCUCAUUCGUCUUCCACGCACACCCCGAGUCCGACGAGCUCUUCUACGUCCUGUCCGGCCAGCUGACCCUCAAGUUUGAGGAUCGCGCGGACGUUGCCAUGCGCGCCGGCGACGUCUACGUCGUGCCGAGAGGUGUCCGCCACUGCCCGGUCGCCGACGACGCCGAGAUCAUGCUCGUCGAGGCCGCCGACACGGUCAACACGGGGGAUGCGCCGGCGUCUGCGCGCACCAAGCAAGUCAACACGCGGUUUCACGCGGACUGCUAG